GGGCUGGACUCCAAAGAGCAAAGAAGCUAACUAGCUAGUCAAAGGAUCGGUAUGGCCUCAGCAGCGCGCAAUGGUGCCGCGGCGGCGGCGCUAAUGGUGGCCGUCGCCGUGCUGGCCCUGGCCGGCGGCGGCAGCGCCCAGCUGCAGCACGGGUUCUACAAGGGCAAGUGCAACGGUACCGACGUGGAGGCGGUGGUGCAGAGCAUCGUCAGGGCCCGGUUCGCGCGCGAGAACCCCAUCGUCGCCUACCUCCUCCGCAUGCAGUUCCACGAGUGCGUCAUCAACGGCUGCGACGCCGGUCUCCUGAUCGACGGCACCGGCACGGAGAAGACGGCGCCGCCGAACCUGAGCGUGAAGGGCUACGAUGUGAUCGCGGACAUCAAGGCGGAGCUGGAGCGGCGGUGCCCCGGCGUGGUGUCCUGCUCCGACAUCCAGAUCCUCGCCACCAGGGACGCCGUCGCGCUUGCCGGCGGCGCCGCCUACGCGGUGCGCACGGGGCGGAGAGACCGCCGCCGGUCGCAGGCCUCCGACGUCAAGCUCCCGGCGCCCGAGUACACGGCGCAGCAGACGACGGCGUACUACGGGCGGCUGGGGCUGAGCGCGUUCGACACGGUGCUGCUGCUGGGCGCGCACACCGUCGGCGCCACGCGCUGCAGCGUCAUCAAGAGCAGGCUCUACGGGUACGGCGGCCGGCCCGGCGCGACGGACCCCGGCAUGGACCCGGCCUACGCGUCCAUCUACAAGAAGUACGUGUGCCCCAACAUGCCGUCGUCGGACAACAACGUGGUGUUCCUGGACGACCAGUGGAGCGCGCUCAAGGUGGACAACCACUACUACAAGAACAUCCAGCUCCGCCGGGGGGUGCUCCCCUGCGACCAGAACCUGUACAACGACGGCUCCACGAGGUGGAUCGUGGACCUGCUCGCCAACAACGACGGCCUCUUCACCUCGGCCUUCCCGCAGGCGCUCAUCAAGCUCAGCGAGGUCGGCGUGCUCACCGGCAUGCAGGGGGAGAUCCGCAAGGUCUGCAACAGGUUCAACUGAUCCAGAUCGACCCGGCCGCCAUUAUUCAGCGCAGCAUUCUUGUUUAGUUUCCUGCCUGGUUUUAUUUGAUCGUCUCACGCUGCGCCAUUAUCCUUCCCACUUGCUUGAUUAGAAUGAGUUUGUUAAUUUGUACGUGAAGUUUGAUUCAUUCUUUUUGUAACAUGUCGAUUUGUAAUUGUAAUAACAACACGAGGGAUUAAUGUGCCUGUAUGUAAUUCUGGUGAACAUUUCAUUCUUUAGUGCGACGUGAAAGUCAGCACCUUUUCCA